AUGUUACCUGUUCACAUUGUAACUCAGAAAUUAUCUGCUUUUCAGUUUGCAGGUAGUUGUGGGUGUGACGCUCAGGGUUUGAGCGGGGGUUUGUUUUUGGGUUGGUUUCCUGAUGUACAUUUAGUUCCUCUUUUGGUUUCGUCCAACUUUGUGUUUUGUAAAUAUUCUAAGAAUGUUAAUGAAAUAAGCCACGUGCUCUUUCUGUAUGGUGCGCCUCAUGUGUCAAACAGGGGUAGGGUUUGGGAAGAAAUAUCUGUUAUUUUAGCUGAUUAUCCUAGAGUAGUUCUGGUAGGGGAUUUUAAUCAGGUUGAAUUCCUAGAUGACAAAAUGGGAGGGUCUACUCAUAUUCCUCAACGUAAUCAGUUUAUGCAAUGGCGUCUUGAUCAUGAGUUACAGUCUAUUCCUUUUUCUGGACCGUCCUUUACAUGGACGAAUGGUCAUCAUGAUAAUUCUGUAUCCUUUGAGCGUCUGGAUAAAGCUUAUGCUUCGUCGUCAUGGUUGCUUGAUUUCCCGGAUGCGGGUGUUACCCAUCAACCAAUUCUGUUUUCUGAUCAUGCUGCUAUUAUUUUGCGUUAUGAGCCUUCUUCUGGUUCUGUCACCCGCCCGUAUAGAGUUGACAGUUGGUGUUUGCAAGCAAAAGAAGUAGUAGCCCAUAUCAUCUUACUCUGGCAACAACAUUGCUUAGGUUCUCUUAUGUUUUCACUGAGUUCUAAAUUAUCUGCCUUGCGUCGAUUUCUGUUGUCCUGGUGUGUUUCUCAUCGUCGGGCUUGGGGUAUAAAUUGGAGAGAGUUAACAACGGCAGUUUCUGCGGCUUCCUACUCUGUCAUGCCCGGUAUUUCGGCCUCUUUAUUUAUAUCCUCGAGAGAUGAGCAUGUUUCCCGAGCACAGGCCACGUUUAUGUACUGGAAGCAACGUUCGAAGGUCCGGUGGGAUGUUAUGGGUGACUCACCCUCCAAGCUUUUCUUCUUAUCUGUUCAGGCUCGCAAGCGCCGUAAUCGGAUUACUGGUCUUUGUAAUGAUUCGAAUCAAUGGGUAGAUUCCCCUCCUGCCCUUCGUUCUUUAAUUUUGGAUUACUACUCAGAUUUGUAUCAGACUCAUGGCCCCGCUUCAACGUCCCUGGAUUUUGAUUGGGAUCAGCUUCAGUUACCCCACCUCUUGCCGGAUCAGAUUUAA